AUUAGUGACCGAUCGUUCUUCCUCCCCCCGUCCCCCGUCAGCUGGUCUCUAGGUCUCAGGUCGCAAGACGAGAGACCUUUUUAUUUUCCAUGUCGUUGUAGUUUUAUUCAAGACCGAUCAAGAUGUUCGGGCAAACGAAACUUCUGAGGCUUGUACAGCCUCAGCAACAGCAAUCAUGCGGAAUGGCCACGUUGAAGGCCAUCUCCAUCCGUUUGAAGUCGGUGAAGAACAUCCAAAAGAUCACCCAAUCAAUGAAGAUGGUGUCAGCCGCAAAGUACGCCCGAGCUGAACGUGAGUUGCGUCAAGCAAGACCUUACGGAGAGGGCUCUCAGCAAUUCUACGAAAAGUCUGAGGUUGCCCCUCUCGAAGACGCAAAGCCAGAGAAGCUGCUUAUUGCUGUGACCUCUGACAGAGGACUGUGCGGAGCUGUCCAUACUACUGUCUCUCGUGCCAUCAGGAACGAACUGAGUGAAGAUUCUGAGAACACCAAGGUCAUCUGUGUUGGAGACAAGUCAAGGGCCAUCUUACAGAGACUUUACGGAAAGAACAUCAUUUUGGUGGCUAAUGAGGUUGGUCGCAAACCACCCACUUUCAAGGAUGCUUCCAAAAUUGCUCAGGAAACCAGCAAGCACAACUUCACCACUGGAAAAAUUGUUUACAACCGUUUCAAGUCUGUUGUUUCCUACACAACAUCUGAAAUCCCGUUGUUCAGCGUAGCUGCCAUCGAAGCUGCUCCCAAGUUGGGUGUUUACGACUCGCUCGACUCUGAAGUCAUUCAGAGCUACAUUGAAUUCUCUUUGGCUUCAUUGUUGUACUACGCAAUGAAAGAAGGCGCUUGCAGUGAACAGUCUUCACGUAUGACUGCCAUGGAUAAUGCCAGUAAAAAUGCUGGUGAAAUGAUUGACAAGUUGACUUUGACCUUCAACCGAACCCGUCAAGCCGUCAUUACUCGUGAAUUGAUUGAAAUCAUUUCUGGAGCCUCAGCUUUGUAAGCUGAAUAUUAUAGUAGCAAUGGAUUUAUUAAUUUAGCGUUGAUGUUCAUAUUCACUUAUCGGUAUAUCAUAUUAUUAUUAACUUGCUUUCCAAACCCUAGCAUAUCCCCCAUAAGGUAUUGGAGCUCUGAUUUUUUUGCAGUUUCUUCUGUGUCAUAAAAACAUGAAAUUCUUCCAAUAUCAGGCGUUUUUCUGGAACCUUUGAAUAAGAGCCGUUACUGGUCAGAAGUUGCAACAGAAAUCAACUCAACAAGAUAUAAUGUUGGAUUUAUGAAUCAGGUUAGCAGAAAAGUGUUGCAGCAGAACUCAUGGAACCAUUUAACACCGCUAAAAGCUGGACCUGUUGCCUUUUCUGCUCAUCGCGGUUCUUGAAUCCUGACAUUUUAUCUUGGCCCUACUGUAAGACACCCACCCAAUGAGCUUUCAUCAUUUAUUUCUAAGACCAGGUGUUGGCUAAAUUAAAAUCGACUGUGCCGUUGGAAGUUUUUAUCGCAUUUUGUAUGUUCUCGUAAUUCAGUGAUAAGUUUGUUGAAUAUUUUUAAAGUUUUUUUUUGAAGUAAAAUCCACUAAGUACGUGUACCAUUAAAAUACAUUUUUCAACCAAUAAAACAAACUUAAAAGACCCAAA